GAAUAUUGGUAUUUUUGUUAACAUAACUAUAAAAGAAUGUUCAGGUUUACUUGUAAGAUUCUUUUCAGUAUUUUUCUGAUAUUCCUCGUCAAUACUGAAGUAUCUGGCUUACGAAUUGCAUGCAGACUGAAAUGUCCACCUGUGCCGUAUGGAUUAAGUCACUGUGGUAUUUCAUGCCAACCUCGUAGCUGUGGUCGAGGAUAUCUUUGCUGUUCAAUUGGCUGUGGUAAAGAAUGCAGAAAAGGUAUUCGGACAUGUAGAUAAAACUUGCAAUCACCAAUUUUAAAAUUAAUUGAUUAAAUAUGAGGGCAAAGGACAGAGAAGAUGAAAGUGCGUUUGUUUUCUUUAUUUUUAGUGUAUUCUCAAACUGUUCUCAAGUGACAAAGAAUAAAAUAUAAGCA